UUUUUAUUUACAAAGAAAAACUUCCUGCCAGUGGGAAAGUCAGAGCCAAAAGGAAACACGCAAAACUAUUCGUCUUGCCCUGCUGCACCAAGCGGUCACAGAAAAUCGUACCACGCGAAUCGAAAGUCGCGUAAUUUACGCGUUGCACCGCCUGCAAGUGAUCUGUGGAAGUGUUGCCCUCUCGCGCGGUUCGUGUGUUUUCAUUACGGGCAAAUCGUGCAAGAGAACGGGUGAUUUUAAUCAACGCCAACUCAAACCACUUAUAUGCGUGCGCGUGUGUGUUGCUGCAUCUGUGUGUGCGAUAAACAAGACACGACGAUUUGUUUUGUUUAUCAGCUCGCGUUCCCGAAAAAGGCACCGCAAUCGUUCCAAGCGCGUUACCCCUUUUGCUGAACACUGCGGAUUGCUGUUGCGUCGUAGCAGACGGGCGAUUUCCGUAUUUUGCGUAUUGCUUUCGUCGUCGUCGUCAUCAGCUCGCUGCUGGUAGUGGUGGUAGAGUGGUUUGUGGACCGCAGCGUUCCAUUGACCCCACGUGCGCACUAUCCGCGAUUCUCGUAUCCUUUCGCGUGGCAUUUGCAGCAGCAGCAGGACAGCACCCAGCUUGUGGGACAGUCCCAGACCAUCCAGAAGCUCAUAUCAACAGCAGCACCCGUUGCGUUGAUUAGAGCGCGCGUGAUACGGUUUUCUGUGCCGCCACAUCACGUCACCGUCACCAGCAGCAUCGGCCGCACCGUGUUUCGCGUACGCGCUCCUGCUUCCAAACCACCGUCGUCAAUGUACAGCAGCAAGGAUGAAUUGCGAAAUACUACCGCAGGACAUCCAAUCAUUAUUGGAAUACUUCGCCAAGAACAUGUACCGCGCGAAGGAUUGUGAAAAUGGCAAUGACGUUAUGCACCGGUGUAACGUACUACUCCAGCAGGACUACAGCGUGAUCGAGAUCAGCAACACAACCGGUGAACUAUCCUCGCACUAUCCCAGCACGCUGCUGAUACCGGAGUACGAGUACAAAAACCUCUCCGGCAACUCAGGCAACAAUACUCAGGCACCACCACCACCAACAACCGGCGGCCCAAACAAUGGUUUCGCCAGCAUCAACGACUUUCUCACACGGUCGGCCCAGCCACAAGCGCCUCAACAGCAACCGCCACCGCCACCACAAACCCAACCACCGCCAUCCGCUCCAUCCGCCGGCCCUGGACAGCAAACCAUCUACGAAGCGACGUACGAUGGUAACAAGCUGCGCGAUCUUAUUAACAAGGCCCGAUUCGCACGGUGCCGGGCACGGUUCCCGCUGCCGGUCAUACUGUACAAGGGCAAGUACAUCUGUCGCUCGGCCACACUGUCCGGGGGGCCAGAGAUUUACGGACGGUCCGGGUUGGAUUACCUCUUCUACAGCCUAGACUCAACAGCUACCUCACCGACGUUAGAUGAGGAAGCGUACGAAGCGCGCGAAACCUCGCUGCCGGAGGAUACGUUCGAGGAACCGAUCACCAACAGUGACUGGCAGCUGUUCGAUCGCGUCCGCAGCCAGGACAUUAAGCUGCUCAAAACGCUAAACGUCGGCACGAUAGUGGACUUUAUGGUGGAGAAGAAGAAGGUCAAGUUCGGCAUGAACGUCACGUCCUCGGAGAAGGUGGACAAGGAAAAUCGGUACGCCGAGUUCAAGAUCAUCUCGCUACCGUACCCAGGUUGCGAGUUUUUCCGCGACUACCGUGACAAUAACUAUUCCGGCGAGGGGCUCGUCUUCGACUGGUCGCAGGCGCACGUCGACGCGAACAUUGGCGUGCCGGACGAUACGGUGACGGCCCAGCUGCAGAUCGACUGGGAAAACUACAAGGACUGGGAUCUGGUGAAGAUCACGCAGAACUAUCUGAAGCUGUUGCUGCGCUACCUGCAGGACAGCAGCUCGGGGCUGCUGAUACACUGCAUCAGUGGCUGGGACCGUACGCCACUGUUUGUGUCGCUGUUGCGCCUCUCGCUGUGGGCGGACGGGGCCAUCCAUCAGUCGCUGAGUGCGGCACAGAUCCUUUACUUUACGAUCGCGUACGAUUGGCUGCUGUUCGGGCACAAUCUGCCGGAUCGCUUGAACAAGGGUGAGGUGAUAUUUUUCUUCUGCUUCUACGCCUUAAAGUAUAUCGCCGAGGAUGAGUAUAGCAUUUUGGGACAACGGUACAAGAGCAAGCACAACAGCAGUGGCAGUAGCAGCAUAGGCGUGAUACGAACGGACAGCGAAUCAAUGCUCGACGGUAUACUGCUCGAUGGGGAAAGCAGAGGCUCGAGCGUUUCGCUCAACUCUACGUGCAGCUGCCUGAGCGGACGCAGCUCGUCCCAGCACGACACCCAAACCUGCAUCAGUGUCGGUGCGAACGGUGCUACCGUUGGCAGUGGCCAGCCCGGUAGCGGCGGUGGCAUUAACGUAACGAUCGGCGGUUCCAGCAUCCAUCAUCAUGCUACGAGCGGUAGCCGCCCGAUUGUGGCCGGUGUUCACAACUCGCACGACGACAGUUUGAAUGCGAGCAAUGGCAAUGGCUGGUUAGCGCAUAGUCACGAUAGUAGUAAUAGCAGUAUUGGAUGCAUAUCGAACGAUAGUACUACUAAUCUCAGUAAUCAUUGCGCUUGGUCACCGCAACCGAAAAGAACUAGUCCCGUCUCGGUGCCGGUAGCGAGUAGAUUAAGACAGCGGCAGGAAUCCACGUCUUCGCUGUCCGUCGGAAGUUGGCAGAUGAUUUCCGGCACCGGUAGCCUUCGCAGUACAGACUCGGCUACGGAACUGCACCAUGCAGCUGCACCACACAAUGCGCAUCACCACCAUCAUCAUCAUCACCACCACCAGCACCAUCAGCAACAACAGCAGAACCCGUUUCACCAUGUAUAUAGUAAUCUGUACGGAAGUAAUCAUGGACCAACUGCCGAUACGAUGACCGCAACGACGCCCAACGCUAAUCAGCACCACCACCAUCACGGUCCGGGGCAUGGUCCGCCUUCGGCUGCGCCUCACUUGCACCACAUGCAGCAAUCCCAAGACUCUAGCUGCUGUACGCUGCUGGACGAUGAAUGUUUCAGCUCGUCUUACAGCCACGACUUUUACGCGAUGCGUCGUGAACGAUUGAAUCAAGUGCGGACACUAUUCUACAACUGCUACUACUCGACAAUCGCAUUCAAAUUCAAAUCGGUCCCGGACUCGGCGCUCGGCAGUUUGCUAGGAAACUUUGCGGAAAAGGUCGGCCUUGCCCACCGGACAUCGGUUUAGAAGGCACCGUACACCGUGCUCUGCCCGCCUAGAAAUUAAAUGCUUAGCCGUACAACAGUAGCUAGGACUCUAUAUAGGACCUUGUGUGUGGUGUGUGUGUAAAUGUUGUGUAAAAAAAGCGGGACAGGCUGAUUGUCUUCCACACACACACACACACGCACGUGCACGCUGUUGGAAUUGAUUCGUGUUUAAUUUGCAAACCUUCCGUUUUUGUUAAACUUUUAUUUUUUCGUUUAGAUUUUGUAUCCAUAAAUACCCCCUUCCCCACUUUGUUCGUCAAGCGAAAGCGUGUGUGUAACUCAGGUGAAGUGUUUGCUCUGCACCCUGUUUAAAAUCAACCAGCGCAGGUUGAUAUAAUGGCGGGGGGAAAAGUUGUUGUUUUGUUCCCAAUAAAGUGCAAAACUGUAACUACAUCAAA